AUGGCGGCGACGGCGGCUGCAGCCUCGCAGGUGGUUUCGAUAGUGCAUCGGGUCCCUGCCGAAGACUCCGAUCCCGCGUGUCACCCGCCUGGCCCAGAGCUUCCCAGGAUCCCCGCGCCCGCCGUGGCGCGCACAGCCCGCCUUACCCCGCUCUGCCGCGGCGGCCACCCCGGCGCUGCUCCCCGCGGGGCUCCCGGCUGCUCUGAACCACGACUCCUCUCACCCGUGCGCCGCCGCUUCACGCGUGCGCCCCGCGCCGGCGCCUGGCCUCCCCGCCCCGGCCGCCAUCCCCGCCACCCCAGCACGCGCCGAGCUCCGCACCCCCAGCCGCAGCCCCGGCUCCGGCGCCACGCCCCCCGACGCCGCCGCCUCACCUCCGGCCCGCCGCGGGGGCGGUGCCACCACCGGCGCGCCCCACGCCGGCGUUGGUGGCCUCGCCUGGCGCACGCACCCUGCCGCGCGCUCGCUCCCGCACCCCUGCAGCCCACCUUGCAAUCACUGCGCAGCCUGAACUUGCAUCCUCCGCCCCUCACCUCACCCCCACCGCGCCCCUGCGCCCCUCACCGGCACCCUGCGCUUCCAUUCCCGCACCCCACCUUGCACCUGCAUGCCACCCCUGCACCCCUCAACUCACCUCCAUCCCGCGCCCCACCUGCAUCCUACACCGCCACCGUGCACCUGCACCUGAUCUCCCCCACCCCUGCCCUCGGACCCCCGACUGCCCACUGGGGACGUGGAGCCUGGACGAAAGUCUCCCACCACCCCCACCCGCGCGCUGGGUGCCGUUGGGGGAGCUGGGAGCCGCGCGCAGCUGCCUGA